UAUAACCUUUUUUUUCUUUUUCUUUUUUUUAUUAUUAUUUUUUUUUUAGAAAUAAUUAAAUCUUUGUGUGUUGUUGCUGACAUAAUUUAAAAAAAAAAAAAAAAUCUUUAACGAUUUUCUGGUCAGGAGUCCAGUUAAUAUACAGUGCAUUCUGAAAGUAUAAACAGGAAUUUCAGAAGGUUUAAAAAAAUAUAUAUUAACAGGUAACUCCAAUAUCUCAUUCGCAGAGACACUCAAAACUGAGCUCAGGUGCAUCCUUUGAUCAUGUUUCUACAACUUGAUUAAAGUUCUCAGUUCGGCAGCGUACAUGUGAGAAAGUGCAUCUACUUUAUAUUUUUUAGGCAGCUAAAUACACGAGGGUGAAAUUUAAUCUGGUGAAGAAGAGUGACCAGCGUGUUUGACAAGAGUUUAGGCAUUUCGCUGUUCGGAUGUACUCCAAGUUUUUGUGGUAAAGAUGUGCCUGGCUCCCUUCAACCAAGGAUGGCAUUCUUCCAAGGCUAGUUUGACUGCAAGCAACUCUCGUUUACCAAGGUUGUAAUUUUGUUCUGCUGGGGACCAAUUCCUUGAGAAAAAGGCCAUCUUGGGCUUCUCACAAAAUUGUUAAGAGGGAAUUGCUUCAACCCCCAUUUUGGAUGUAUCUACCUCUAUGACAAAGGUCUUAGAAGGAUCAGGGUGUUUUUGAGGGUGGGUGUUGUGGUGAAUGCUACAGUACUUUGAGUACUCCUCCUUAGCAUGUUGUUCGGAGAGUGAGAGGGGGUAUACCCUGUUUCCAGGAGAAGUAGUCAUAGGAAGCAGCUCUAUAGCACAGUCAUAUGGACACUGGGGGAAAACCACUGGCUUUGGUGUUACUGAACUCUUCCUGGAGGUCCUGAUACUCUGGAGGAAUAUCUAGUGGUGCAUGGUGCUGAGGGCCCUCCACAGAGGUUGGGGUGAUGUAGAGCUGAGGGGUGAGGAGACAUUAGUGUGACAGAUGAUUGUGGGUGAGUUCCUAGUUUCUCCUGAAUAUCUGAGGGUCAUGGAUGAUAGACUGCUGGGCUGUGAUGGCGACCAGAAAGGAAAUCUGUUCUUGAUGGAGUGCACUGGCAUGGACAAGAAUGGGCUGUGUGCCUCCUCCGAUAGGUCGUCUAUUGAUAGCAUGGAUCUUUUGGGGGUUAGGUAGUGGUGAUAUUAAGGCAGGUUACAGUAUCGUGAUCUAUGAAAUUACGGCUGCUCUAGUAUGCAGAAGGUAUUGUCCUACGAGGUGAUCGGGGCUACUGCAGAAAACGCAGUGGUGAUCAUGGAGUUGCCUUUCCCUUUCCUCCUCACAGAGCUUGGUCCACCCUAGUUGCAUGGGCUCUGGAGGAAGUUCAACAUGCUGAGAGCCUCCCAUCUCAAGACGGGGAUGCCGGCUGUGCAGCAGAUGAUAUAGGUGAAUAGAAAGGUCUAUUAAAGAGUCAAGGGACAGAGGUUCGUCACCGCAUGUCAUCUUGAGGGCAUACUCAGCCACACGACGGGAACCUUGGGCUAUGGUCAACAGCAGCUCUCCUACCUCCUUUCCGACAGGAGAAUGAUCAAAAUCGUGUUGAAACAGCUCUAUAAAUCAUUCCCAAACACAAUCUCUGGUGAGACCUGAAAUCAGCAGUAAGGUGAUGCACCACUUCCAACCUGACAGAGAUUAAGAGGUUCUACUGAGACAAAAUUGAGAAGAUCUUUGAAUCCAGGUGUGCUAAGCUUGUAGCAUCACACCUAUGAAGACUUGAUUUACUGAGUCUGAAUAUUAUAAAGUUAAGUUGUUUCAGUGAUGAUGUAGCACAGUCAAAUACACAACAAAGAACCUAUCAGAUUUUAAUUAUAUGUUAUUGUAAUAUAUUUAAAUUAUAUCUUUAAAUCACAAAGAAAAACAUCUGUGUUGUGUAGGUACACUUUCUCCUUUAAAGCCUGAACUCCCUCUCUCUUUAAAGCCACGCCUACUCUCUCACAUUCACACAAUAACACACGGAACCGGAAAGUUCAUUUCAGAAAAGACUAAACUCAGAAAACUCAGAGUCUCUCUCUCUCUCUCUCUCUCUCUCUCUCUCUCUCUCUCUCUCUCACUCACACACACACACACACACACACACUCACUGUGUGAGUGCUGGAAAAUGGCCAAUAUUUCAGUAAAUAGCUUCAGCUGUCCAGUGUGUCUGAAUUUCCUGGAGGAUCCUGUAACUAUUCCCUGUGGCCGCAGUUUCUGUAAGGUGUGUAUUAAUGGCUGCUGGGAUCAGGAGGAUGUGAAGGGCGUCUACAGCUGUCCCCAGUGUAGAGAGACUUUCAAUUCAAGAUCUGUUCUACGCAGGAACAACAUGCUGGCUGAGAAGGUGAAGCUCCUGAAGAAAGCUGCUUAUUCUGCUCACUGUUACGCUGGACCUGGAGAUGUGGAGUGUGAUUCCUGCACUGGGAGAAAACAUAAAGCCGUCAAGUCCUGUCUGGUGUGUCGGGCCUCCUACUGUUUAGCUCAUCUUAAACCUCACUUUCGGGCUCCUGCAUUUAAGAAGCACAAGCUAGUUGAAGCCUGUGCAGAGCUUGAAGAUAAGAUCUGUUCUCAGCACAACAAACCGAUCGAGAUCUACUGUCGUACUGACCAAAGCUUCAUCUGUUACUUGUGUACGAUGCAUCAGCACAAAGGUCAUGAUACGGUUGCAGCUAAAGCAGAAACAGCUGAAAAAAAGAGUUUCCCGUCUCUCUGUGUUUCUCCUGGAUCUGAGGACUCAUCCAGCAUCACUGUCAAUCAACAUCUCUCAUUUGAUGGAGUGAGGAAAUCUCUCACAGAUCUGAAAAAACAAGUUGAACAUAUCUGUGAGGAGGAAUUCAACAAAAUCCAUCCACAAGCUGCAGCAGUUCAGAUGACUUCACUCUCAGAACCAAAGUUCAGAGAAGAUUUUCUGCCAUGUAGAUAUUUAUGUUAUCUGACUCUGGAUCCCAACACAGCAUAUCCUGACCUCUUCUGUGUGAGAAGAACAGAUCGGUAACACGAACUGGGACACAACAGCGAUACUCCGAUCAUCCAGAGAGAUUUGACUCCAGGACUCAGGUGUUGUGUAAGGAGAGUGUGUGUGGACGCUGUUACUGGGAGGUGGAGUGGAGCGGUGAUGGUGUGUCCAUAUCAGUCUCAUAUAAAAAGAUCAGCAGGAAAGGGCAGGGUCAUGAGUGUUUGUUUGGAUACAACAGUCAGUCCUGGAGUCUGGAGUGUUCUUCUUCCUCUGUCUCUUUCCGACACGUCAAAAUUGAGACCGUGCUCCGAGUUCCAGUAUCCUCCAGAAUAGGAGUGUAUGUGGAUCACAGUGCAGGAACUCUGUCCUUUUACAGCGUCUCUGACACGAUGAAGCUCCUCCACAGUGUCCACGCCACAUUCACUCAGCCUCUAUACGCUGGGUUCUGGAUGUGUACUUACAAUUCAACCGUGAGCUUAUGUGAUCCAAAAUGAAAUCUUUGUAAAAGUGUUAAGUAAAAUUAUUACAAACUGAGGUGUCAGAUUUGAUUUCUCCCAGAGCUAUAAUGGUACUUUCGUGUGAAGAGACUGUAAUGUAUGAUUUUUUUUUUUCCCUAAAAAUCUGGUUCAGAUUUUUACUUGCCCUGCCAAAAUUUUCACCAGAAAAAAUGAAUAAUAGUAUUUCUUAGCUGCAUAUUUUAAAUAAUGUGUCAAAAGUCAGAUCAGAGUGGUGCAAGAUGAUGAAGCGAUAUUGCUAGUAAAUUGCAAUUACAAAUAAACGUGAUUCAUUUCAGUGUUACCUUAUUAAACUCACUUCACAUCACUGUCUCUCCUCACCUCUUGUUCACAACUGUAAUAGUUCAGUCCAGCUGUUGUCAUUCAUCAGUUUCCACUGUCUGUCAAAAUCCACUGG